AUGCCUGGAAGUAGUGAUGAGUUUAAGGCUAGUAGGGGAUGGUUUGAAAACUUUAAAAAGAGAACUGGGAUCUACAGUGUUGUUGCGCAUGGAGAGGCUGCUAGUUCGAAUGUGGAUGCAGCAGAAAAUUUUGUGAAGAAAUUUAAUGAGUUUGUGAACACUGAGGGGUAUGUGGCACAACAGGUGUUCAACUGUGAUGAGGCAGGCCUCUUCUGGAAAAAGAUGACAAGGAGGACCUACGUAACUAAGGAAGAGAAGUCUUUACCAGGUCAUAAGCCAAUGAAAGACAGGCUUACUCUCUUGUUGUGUGGUAAUGCUAGUGGAGACUGCAAGAUAAAGCUUUUGAUUGUGUACCACUCAGAGAAUCCACGUGUAUUCAAAAAGAACAAUGUUAUGAAGAGCAAGUUUAAUGUUAUGUGGAGGGCAAACAUGAAAGCAUGGGUUACCAGGCAGUUCUUCACUAAGUGGAUUCAUGAGGAGUUUGACCCUGCUGUGAAGGCUUAUCUUGAGGAAAAUAAUCUACCCCUGAAGGCUCUUCUUGUGAUGGACAACGCUCCUUCUUCUCCUCCAGGCUUGGAAGAAGACUUGGUGGGCAAAUAUAGUUUCAUCAAAGUUAAGUUCUUGUCCCCCAAUACCACUCCUCUCAUCCAGCCCAUGGACCAGCAAGUUAUCUCAAAUUUCAAAAAACUGUACACCAAGGCUAUGUUCCAGAGACGCUUUAAGGAGACGAACGAGACCGAACUGACCCUCAGAGACUUUCGGAAAGAUCAUUAUAAUAACCUCCAUUGCUUAAGAAUCAUAGACAAAGUGUGGAGGGAAGUGUCUCUGAGGUCAAUGAUCUCUGCCUGGAAGAAACUCUGGCCUGAAUGUGUUGCAGGGAGAGACUUUGAAGGCUUUGAAGAACCGCCUGUUGUGCCUGUUAUUGUGUCUCUGGGCAAGUCCAUGGGCUUGGAGGUGAGUGAAGAGGAUGUGGAGGAGUUAAUAGAGGACCUCAAGAAUGAACUCACCACAGAAGAACUUCAGCACCUCCACAAGACACAGCAAGAAGAAGUGGCAGAGGAAAUUUCUUCAGAGGAGGAAGAGAGAGCUAGUGGGAACAUUUCCAGUGCUGAAAUUAAGGAACUGUGCUUCCUGUGGUCUAAAGCACAGGCCAUUGUCGAAAAGUGGCAUCCUAACAAGGCAGUGGUCAAUAGGAGCAUAAACAUGUUCAAUGACAAUGUGAUUAACCACUUCAGAAAAAUUCAGAAAAGUCGCCAACACCAGACAAUUUUGGAAAGGUGGUUCUCUAAAGAAAGCCAGUCCACUGAGCCCCAGCCCUCUACAAGUGGUCUUAGUGUUAUGAGAAUGAAGAGAAAAAGACAGCAAACACCAGAGCCCAGUUACCUGAUGUUAUUAUGGAAGGUGACUCACUUUCCAAGCAGUAAACCCUCUCCCUCCUUCCUCCUCUUCAGCUUCCACAUGCACCAUUAG